AUGAUAUCCCCGAAGCUUUCCACGGCCUUUUUCUUACUCCAUUUUGGAGCAUCGUUAGGCCAAGCGCAAUCCACCAUAGCCUGGUCGGAAUGUCCAAAAGCAGUAACGGACGGUAACGGCCUGCCGUCGGAGUGUGGCACGUUCGCUGUGCCCUUCGACUACACGGAUUCUGAUUCGACAAAGAAAUUAAACUUGACGUUGGUGAAGAUCAAGGCAGAUGUCCAGCCAUCAAGGGGCAGCAUCUUGAUUAAUCCGGGUGGACCUGGGGCUGGAGGGGCCGCGUUUCUGUCUACUAUUGAGGGCGCCCUUGUCUUCAGCAUGACGGGCAGACAGUUCGAUCUUGUCGGAUUCGACUACAGAGGAACUGGCGACACUCUUCCAGUCGAAUGUUAUGAUCCAGAAAGCAUAUAUGAUCAAGCUGAACAGUUCAAAGCCGCUGCCAUGAUACCACAGCUCACCAAUGCAUCAAGCUCGGCUUUAGGAUUGAUUUGGGCCUCGGCUGGAGCCGCUGCGAUACGUUGCCACAAGUCAGCUCGCGAUACCUUGCCCUACAUAAGCACGGCUUUCACCGCGAGAGACUUCAUCCAAGUCGUAGAUGCGCUCGGAGAGGACGGUAUGCUUCGGUAUUGGGGCCACUCCUACGGUACCGAACUCGGCGCAACCAUAGCCUCGAUGUUUCCUGAGCGUAUCGAUAAGAUGGUAAUCGACGGCGUCAUAAAUCCACACGAUUAUACAGAAGGCUGGGAAUAUGAGCCCAUCCCAGUCGGCGACGUCGCCCUUGAAAAAUUCCUCGAAGCCUGCAUCACCGCGGGCCCCGAUGCCUGCGCUCUUGCAAGGUCAAAUGCCACCGUCGCCAGCCUCACCAGCGCAAUCCACAAUCUCUAUGAACAAGUCAAAGUUGAGCCCGUCCUCAUGGGCAGCAAUAUCACCACCGACCUCGUCGGCCCCGGCGACAUCAUGAACGUGCUCAACAACGGCCUGCGCAUUGCCCAAGCCUACGCGCCCUACAUCGCCGCCUGGUUCGACGCCAUCUUCCGCCGCAACCUCACCGCCUACCACGCCGCGCGCGCUUACCUCUUCGCAGGCAUCGACGCCGCAGGUCCGUUUGGCGUUCCCACCGGCGUAUUCGGCAUCAUCGCCAUCCGUUGCGCGGACUCGACGUUCCGCGCAGACACGCUGGACGAGGUGCGGCCCAGGGUGGAACAGCUGGGGACGAUGAGCUACAUGUUCGGCGACACGUACACGGCGGGCUACCUCUCGUGCGCGAGGUGGAAGGUCAAGGGCAAGGAGCAGUACACGGGGGACUACAAGGCGAAGACGAAGAACCCCAUGCUCAUCAUAGGGAGUCCGUAUGACCUGCGCACGCCGCUUGUUAGCGCGAAGAAUGUCAGUGCUGGGUUUGAGGGGAGUGUGGUGCUGCAGCAUAAUGGGCUGGGUCACACGGUUCUGUACUCCCCCGGCCAGUGCGCGAUCCAGGCCGUCCGCGACUACUUCAACAACGGCACACUCCCCGCCGCAGGCACCGUGUGCGAGCAGGACUACGAUGUUUUUUCGGGCGUCGCAAUAACGGAGUCGUUUUUGCCGCAGGGGGGAGAGACGAAUGGCACGGGGACUGGCGCCGGUGCGGCCAAGCAAGCGGCGCAAACGCAGAUGGAGUACACGGGGGCGGCGAGCAUGGGGGCGAAGGUGGGGUGGGCGUGGGUGGUCGUUGCGGCGGGGAUGGCGAUGGGUAUGUAA